GGAGUUCACAUCGUGGUUCAGAGGAAAAAAAGCCGGAUCUGCAGAGGAAGCUGGGAGAAAGGAGCCUGUUGGAUGCACAAAAAUACACAAAUUGCCACAAACUUGCAGAAGUUGUUAUUCUAGCGUUAACUCCAGACCCACGAACUGAAAAAUGUAAUCAUAAUGCCUUGCUGAGAUUUACCUGAGAAACACCUGAGGAGGACCUGCAGCUCAAAGAGACAGUGCUCACUGACUGCGCACACCGAUUUAGGCUUUAAGCGCCUAGCAGCAGAAACCAGACUAUCCAGUUCACAGGGGACCAUGGAGGGCAACUGGCCAUCAGAUCCCUUUGGAUUAUUUUCACAGUUCCCAGAGCAGCGGAGACCAAACUAUCCAGUGCACAGCAGGACCAUGCACGCCUUUGACUUCUCUUCAAUGUUGUCAGAGCAGCUACAGAGACCAGACUUUCAGGUACCCACUGGGAUCAUGGAGAGCAAUGGGCCAGGACAGCUUAUCUUCGCGAUGCAAGCAGCUGCAGCUCCCCAUUCUUCCAUCGGAGGAAGUCGGCCUGAUGAGGGGACUUCCGGCGGACCCCUGCCAGCAGAUGAGUGGGGAACCCCGAGCAGCAUAGAGGGAAGCCAGACCCCGCUCAACAGCCCAAACAACCCAGGCGGCGGCGACGGCGCAGUGCCAUUUGAAAACAAUCCUCUCAGCUUUAUGGCGCACAUGCAGCAGAGAGCGUCCUCGCAGCAGCAGGGAGCGUCCUCGCAGCAGCAGAGAGCGUCCUCGCAGCAGCAGAGAGCGUCCUCGCAGCAGCAGAGAGCGUUGCAACAGGUGGCGUCGCAGGGGAAGGGACGGUGGAGCAGUCAGUCAAGAGUGUUUUCACGGAGGACAUCAGAGAGCGAACGGUCCCGUGACUCUGGUUUGUCUUUCAAGAGUCAUCGGUCAAAAGAAUUUGUCCUAGACUUCAAAGAAAGAUCCCUUCUCAGGAGGAAAAGGAAGAGCAAAAACAACUCUGACUCUACUUUUUCCUCCGAGAUUGAUCUGUUCAAGAGCCCAAACCAAGAACCGUUGUCUCUCAGGAGGAGAUCAGAGAGCGAACAGUCCUGUGUCUCUGGUUUGUCCUUCAAGAGUGAUCGAUCCAAAGAUUUCAUCCUAGAUUUCAAAGACAGGUCCCCUCUCAGGACCCCAGAGAGCGAACAGUCCUGUGACUCUGUUUUGUCCUCCAAGAGAGUUCGAAGUGUCAAGUCAAAGUCAAAAGAUUUCCCCCUCAAUGCCAAGAGAUCAGAGAGCGAGCAGUCCUGUGACUCUGAUUUGUCCCUCAAGAGUGAUCGCUCAAAAGAUUUCAUCCUCAAUUUCAAAAAAAGCUGUAACCUGACGGGGCCUAAACGCACUUGGCAGCAGCUUAAAAUCAAACAAAGAAAUAUUGCUGCCAAAAGGAAGAAAGCAAAGGCCCAAAAAAUGGGUGGUGGGCCACCAUCAGCCCCAUUUACACAGGCCGAAGAGCUGGAUGUUAGCCAGAGCAGUGGGCAGCCUGUCGAGGAGGGCAUCCUGAGUGACAGCUCAUCAGAGCCCGCCCACACGCAGGACACCAGUGCCCGUGAAAAGGUUUCUGCUGACGGAGUGAUUUCACUCUUGGAUUCUCCUGCCCCCCCUGAUGUUCACGUGAUUGAGGAUGAUGAAGACAGCUUAUCCACUGAAGGGCCUUCUGAGAGCGCGCCCGGCGACUGUAAUAAAGAAGAGGGCCCAUCGACCUCCAGAGCACAACUGAAUGCACUCCCUGCAAAAGAGCUACACGAGGUUUACAUGAGAAAGAAAAUUGAAAAGUGUGAUCUUCAAAUGGCCCAUAUCAGGCUUAAAAUGAUGAAGACCAAACUGGAAGUUCAGUGGCUGGAAAGCAAGUUAAAGCCCAGAGCAGCUGCAGGGACCAGACUGUCCAGUACACAGCGGGAUCAUGGAAACCAACUGGCCAGCAAAAACUAUGUAUGACAUGAUAAAGGAACGGAAACAUCUGGAAACAUCUGGAAACAUCGUUGAGGCAUCGACAGCAGCUUCCUCUGCUGGACUGUUCAGAGCUUCAACUCAUCCUGGAUCGCUCCAAGUUGUCUUGACAAUCGGUUUUAAAAGCAAUAACGAUUACAAUUACUUAUGGUGAGUGUGGUGUGACGUGCAAUGUAUGGGAGACACACUGGUUGUAAUAAGUUCAGGUAAAGAUAAUUGAUAUAUUUAUAUGAUAUAUAUUAAUUUGAUUUAUUAAUAUGACCUAUAUUUUAGUGUUAGUAAAACAUGUGUCUCUACGACCAACACCAACCCACAGGUUGGGUUACUCAGGAUUGAGGUAAUUUUAGUGUGACAUAAAAACACUACAACAGCAUUUCCCCCCUCAGACAAUGCUAUAAACCCCCUCCUCAACCCUGCUUUUCAAAAAAGCAGAUCACUGCUCCGUCCUACUGUUGCCAGCAACACAACUGGAAAAAAAGAGGUUGUCGUCUUUCAAAACUGCUUUGAGAAAACCAGCUUAAGCAACCCACAUCUGCUCCUCUCUCCCUGACACCUUGGACCCUCUUCAGUUUGCAAACAGACCGAACAGGGCCGCAGAUAUUUUCCUUGGCAACACAAUCUGAUCAACCACGGGAGCAAAAUAAGAGAAUACUCUUCAUUGACAACAGCUCAUUCCCUUUAAACUUGUCUCUAAGCUCCAUCAUCUCGGACCAGAGACCUCCGUCUGCAGCUGGAUAUUUGACCUUUUUAAUGUGGUGAAAAUGGACUGUUACACCUCCUCCUCGCUGAUCCUCAGUGCAGGUGCACCACAGGGCUGUGUGCUCAGCCCCCUGCUAAACCUCAAAUUGUGCUGCCAAGUAAAGCUCAAAUAUCAUGUGUACUGUACUUUUUAAAUAGGACUUUGCACAUACAUAACUGCUGCAUUUGAAGCAGGACUGCUACAAAUCAUACAUGCAGUACCGUUUUAUUUUUCAUUUCAUAACUCGUAUACAAAUCCUCUUUUUCCAUGAAUGCAUAAUAUUCUCAUUUUCUUCUUGUCAUAUCCUAGAUCUCAUUGCUCUUACUUAGUGUAGUGUUGCACUGCCAUGAGCCCAUUAGCAAAGCAAGUGUCUGCUGUUAGUUCAAAUGUCUGUAAUGACAGAGGACAGACGAGUCUGUAUCUAAGCUGCUAAAGUCAGUUGAUAACGUUGUUGGCAGUCCAGAGAAUAUUUUGUUAAAACAGAUCAGUGAUGCUUUUUUUUUUUACCCUCAUUGCUCUUCAUGAAGUUUGCUCCCGGUACAUUUUAGGUUGUUUUUAAAAAAACUGGCUUUUCGAUGUUACAUUAACUCUGGAGGCAAUUUGGCCUUGUGUGCCCUGAUUAAUUUGGCAUGCAGCUGGCUCUCAUAAUCAGUCAAUCAUAAUUUUGUUUACUGAAAACUCUCCUGGCACUUGCUUGUUGGAAGAAGGACAUAACGGUUCGGUUUGGGCUAAUGUAAACGUUUUCAAACUGGAAAAACACUGGAUUGGACUGUGACAUAAGGAAGCGCUGUAUAGAUAAUUUCUCUUUCAGCUUCAUUAAUUUCAUUAAUUCAGCUGUUCCUCGUCUUGCAGUGCUCUCAAAACAA